AUGGAUACGUUUCUUAUUCCUAUGACCGAUGGCAAUGAUCUAUCCACAACGCUGGUGUCUGGAAAGGAUGACAUAGAUCUUAGCUUCAACCUGCUGUUUCGUGAUGCGGCGGGUGACAAGGUUGUGGGGUUCGACACGGAGUACUCUCUGGAGACAAAAUUUAGCAGAGAUUUAAAUGCACAUGUUGUUGAGAAAAGAAUUGCUUUAGUGAAACUGUGCACUAAAUACAGAUGCAUAUUGUUCAGGCUUGACAGAGAUAACGUCGAUUACGUGCAUCUGUUGAAGAAACUGUCAGCGUUGCUGGCUAACAAGGACAUUGUUUUCGUCGGUGUUCGAAAGAGAGAUGACCUUGUAAAGCUUCGGAACGAAUAUGGCCUAGAAAUCUCCAAUUUAGUGGAGUUGAGCGAGUUGGUAGUGGGUGUUCUUGGCGAGCCUGCUCUUGGCACGUACGGGGCCAGGGAUUUGGCUGGUAAUCUUGAUGUUCUUCGGCAUCUUGAACCGAGAAAUUCCAUCCUUUCUUUGAUCAACUGGCUGGAUAAUUCGCUAAACAGGCAACAGGUUAUGUGUGCGGUUACUGAUACGUAUGCUGCCUACAAAAUUGGCAAGAAGUUACUGGAUGAUCGGCGAAGGAAGUGUAUUUACUAG